AUGGGUCAAUUCGAUUGGUUCAAGAAAAUCGGCGCCACCGAUGAGGCCGUCGCCGUCCUCAACGACCAGCCCUACCUCUUCACCACCCUCGUCGUCGUCAUCGUCGUUCUCCUGGCCCAGGGCGGUCUGCUGUAUUUCAUCCACUGGGCCACCUUCAAGCCCUCCCAGAAAAAGGCC